AUGGCAUCCGUCGCUCGCAGCAUUCUAAAGAAGCCCGUCAAGAUUGCUAUUGUACAGCUGUCUUCGGGCCUUGACAAGGCCGCCAAUCUGAAGCAUGCUGCUUCUCAAGUAGCAAAGGCUGCCUCGGGAGGGUCCAAGAUUGUCGUUCUCCCAGAAUGCUUCAACUCACCCUAUGGAACCGAUUUCUUUCCCAAAUAUGCAGAGACUCUACUACCUUUGCCUCCAGUAAAAGAGCAAGCCCCUUCUUAUUAUGCUCUAUCGGCAAUGGCAGCAGAGAAUAAGGUGUACCUUAUUGGAGGCUCGAUUCCUGAACUCAACCCUUCUACAAAGAAGCAUUACAACACUUGUCUCAUCUUCGGACCCGACGGUGCCUUAUUAUCGAUUCAUCGCAAGCUGCACCUCUUUGACGUUGAUAUUCCUGGCAAGAUUACCUUUCGGGAAUCUGAUGUUCUCAGCCCAGGCAACAAGAUCACCCUCGUCGACUUUCCUGAAUAUGGAAAAGUCGCCAUUGGUAUUUGCUACGAUAUCCGAUUCCCCGAGCUUGCAACUAUUGCUACUCGCAAAGGAGCAUUCGCUCUAAUCUACCCUGGCGCGUUCAACCUCAUCACGGGUGCCCUUCACUGGAAACUACUGGCCCAGGCACGAGCCGUUGACAACCAGAUUUACGUGGGAAUGUGCAGCCCUGCACGUAAUUUGGAUGGUCCCUAUCAUGCCUGGGGCCACAGUAUGAUUCUCGACCCAAUGGCUGGUGUCCUGGCGGAGACUGGGGAGGGGGAGGCUAUUAUUGAGGCCGAACUGGUCGAGGAGAGAAUUACGGAGACACGCAGAAACAUUCCUUUGGAGGCGCAGAGGCGUUUUGACGUAUAUCCCGACGUUAGCGAGGGCAAGAUAGCAUAUGAGGAUCCGGAUCUACUGGGGCAGGUUCGUAACUAA